CCAGCCGCUCCACCUGCUCCCACCCAGCAGGUCCGUGGGUCCCCAGCGAGCUCUGGCCGUCCCAACCUGAUCCUGGGCACCCAGACGUGUCCCAGCAGCCAAACCUGCUCAGCCUUGAACGUGAAAUGCAGCGCGGGGAUGGUUGGGGCUGAGCCAGAGUAUGUGGGAGCAGGUGUGUGCAUGUGCGGGGGUGUUUCUCCAGCUCAAACCCAACGCCGCUCAAACUGACAGCAGGGGUUGUAGGUUCCUGCAGCUUUCCUCCAUCCUGAUAGCUCACCUUGGGAAGGAGCGGAGGGAGGUGGCCCUGCUCGCUUCGGGACCUGUGGUGCAGAGAGCUACAGAGCAGCCAAAGGGAUCCAACCCUGCUCCUUGUGACAGCCAUGAAGAGAAGCGCCUUCCUCAUCCUCUCCAUCGCAGGGGUCUACGGUGCCGUUCUCCACGCAGCAGCAUGGUCUGUGAAUAACUUUCUGAUGACAGGACCUAAGGCUUACCUGACAUACUCGAGCAGCGUGGCGGCCGGGGCGCACAGCGGGAUGGAGGAGUGCAAGUUCCAGUUCGGGUGGGAGCGCUGGAACUGCCCCGAGAGCGCCCUGCAGCUCUCCACCCACAACCGGCUCCGCAGCGCAACCCGGGAAACAUCCUUUGUACACGCCAUCAGCUCGGCCGGGGUCAUGUACACCCUCACCAGGAACUGCAGCAUGGGCGACUUCGAGAGCUGCGGCUGCGACGACUCCAGGAACGGCCGCGUCGGUGGCCGAGGCUGGGUCUGGGGAGGAUGCAGCGACAACGUGGAUUUUGGGGAGAGGAUUUCCAAGCUCUUUGUGGAUGCUUUGGAAACAGGACACGAUACCCGCGCACUGAUUAACCUGCACAACAAUGAAGUUGGGAGACUUGCUGUGAAAGCCACGAUGAAACGAGCCUGCAAGUGCCAUGGGGUGUCGGGCAGCUGCAGCAUCCAGACCUGCUGGCUCCAGCUCGCUGAGUUCCGUGAGAUUGGGAACUACCUGAAGAUAAAAUACGACCAAGCCCACAAACUGGAGAUGGACAAGAGGCGGAUGAGAGCCGGCAACAGCGCCGACAGCCGCGGGGCUACGGCGGAGACCUUCCACCACGUCCACGCCACGGAGCUCGUCUUCCUGGAGGACUCCCCCGACUACUGCACGAGGAACGCCAGCCUGGGCCACCACGGCACCGAGGGCCGCGAGUGCCUGCAGACCGGCAAGAACCUCUCGCAGUGGGAGAAGAGGAGCUGCCGGCGGCUGUGCACCGAGUGCGGCCUCCGAGUAGAGGAGAGGAGGACGGAGGUGGUGGCCAGCUGCAACUGCAAGUUCCACUGGUGCUGCACGGUGCGGUGCGAGCAGUGCCGGCAGCUGGUGGCCAAGCACUUCUGCGCCCGCCGCGACACCGCCGCCGCCGCCCCCAACCACAUCAAGCGGAGGAACAAGGGCCAUAAGAGAUAGAGGACGGCCGUGGUGCCCGAGGAGGACGCUUUGGUGUCCCCACGCUCGGCAGCUGCCGGUGGAGCUGGGUGGGAAGAGGCGUCCCCGGGGUCCGGAGGGCUGAGCGGGCACCACUCAGGCGAUGGGGCCUCCUGCGGAGGGAUGCUGUGAGAUGAGGAAGCACAAGGCGCAGGCGCUGAGGGACCACGGUCCUUCUUGCUUCUAUGGUUUUUCCUCCAACAUUUACCAGUAGCUUCUUUCUUGUUGGGAGUCACUUUAUCUGUGUAUCGGACAGAGGAAAGAAUUUCACUUUUUAGGAGGGCUCAACCCCUCGUGUCACCGCCAGCGGUGGGGCUCCAGCCCCACGACAAGCGAGGUGGGGAUGGACGCUGCUGCCAAAAGCGGGUCCUGCUGGGGGGCUCCAUCCUGGCAGCCCCGGGGACCACAGCCGGGGCUGUCCGUGCACAGCUGCUGCUCGGCAGCAUUUCUAGUGGAAAACUGAUGCACUUUCUGAUGGGAGAGGGGGUUUUGGAGUGUCGUGGUGCAUAUUACAAAGACUGCAGCCUUUUGAGGGCUUCGAUAAGUUUACAGCCAGUGUUUACAGAUUUCAUUUUCUUUUUUCCCCCCCUUUUUUUUUUCUCCCCUCCUUUUUAAAUUUUGUAUUUUGGUACCAGAACCCCUGCCCCCAAUAGACAGUAACUUCAUGUACUUGUACCGGAUGAAAUCAAGCAGUUUAUAAUUCCUAUGCUUUUUUAAUUUUUACUUAGCAGAUAAGAAUUCAGAAUUCUUUAUGCCUAACAUUGUUUAUUGAUAAGUUGUAUUAUUGCUUAGCACAACCUGUUCUCUCCAUAUAUU